UAAGAGGUGCACUUGGCUUUGAGGUCCAAACCCCCAGGCCACGUGGCCUGCUCUAAUUUCCCAGGCCCUGAUCUGUUCCUGGCUCCUAAUGACGCAGCCGGUAAUAGGAUUGUGGCUUCCCUCUGGGGCAGACACACAGGCCAUGGCCGUGGGGCUGGCGACUGGUGCUUAGCAACCCUGACCACCUGCCUGCUGAGCAGCCAGUGCCCCUGGCUGGGACGCCGAGCCCCCGGCUGGCCUCACGUGCAUGGAAUGGUGCUGUGCCUUGUGCCAGCAGACUGGGCUCACCAUGGUGCCAGGCGCUGUCCUGGCACGAGGGAGGGAUGUGUGCAAGCGGAACGGACUGCUCAUCCUGUCUGUGCUAUCUGUCACCGUGGGCUGCCUUCUCGGCUUCUUCCUGAGGACCCGUCGCCUAUCACCACAGCUGUCAGGUUCUGGACAUGUGACUCUGGAGACAGCUGACAGGCGAGGAGACCUAAUCCAAGGCCCCAAGGGUAGGCUAGACCCAGCGGCCUGUGAGGAAGCCAAUGAAAUUAGUUACUUCCAGUUUCCUGGAGAGCUCCUGAUGAGGAUGUUGAAGAUGCUGAUCCUGCCACUGGUGGUCUCCAGCUUGAUGUCUGGCCUCGCCUCCCUGGAUGCCAAGACCUCCAGCCGCCUGGGCAUCCUCACCGUGGCAUACUACCUGUGGACCACCUUCGUGGCAGUCAUCGUGGGCAUCAUCAUGGUCUCUAUCAUCCACCCAGGGGGCGCGGCCCAGAAGGAGACGACAGAGCAGAGCGGGAAGCCCAUCAUGAGCUCGGCCGACGCCCUGCUGGACCUUAUCCGGAACAUGUUCCCAGCCAACCUGGUGGAAGCCACUUUCAAACAGUACCGUACCAAGACCACCCCCGUUGUCAAAUCCCCCAAGAUGGCAUCAGAGGAGGCGCCUCCUCGGCAGAUCCUCAUCUACGGGGUCCAGGAAGAGAAUGGCUCUCAUGUUCAGAACUUUGCCCUGGACCUGACCCCGCCACCCGAGGUUGUUUACAAGUCAGAGCCUGACACCACCGAUGGCAUGAACGUGCUGGGCAUCGUCAUCUUCUCUGCCACCAUGGGCAUCAUGCUGGGCCGCAUGGGGGACAAUGGGACCCCUCUAGUCAGCUUCUGCCAGUGCCUCAAUGAGUCCGUCAUGAAGAUUGUGGCGGUGGCUGUGUGGUACUUCCCCUUUGGCAUUGUGUUCCUCAUCGCCGGCAAGAUCCUGGAGAUGGAUGACCCCACAGCAGUCAGAAAGAAGCUGGGUUUCUACGCGGUCACCGUGGUGUGUGGACUGGUGGUCCAUGGCCUCUUCAUCCUGCCCCUGCUCUACUUCUUCAUCACCAAAAAGAACCCCAUUGUCUUUAUCCGAGGCGUCCUCCAGGCCUUGCUCAUUGCACUGGCCACCUCCUCCAGCUCAGCCACACUGCCCAUCACCUUCAAGUGCCUGCUGGAAAACAACCACAUUGACCGGCGGAUUGCCCGCUUUGUGCUGCCCGUGGGCGCCACCAUCAACAUGGACGGGACAGCACUCUAUGAGGCUGUGGCCGCCAUCUUCAUUGCCCAGGUCAACAACUAUGAGCUGGACUUCGGCCAGAUCAUCACCAUCAGCAUCACGGCCACAGCGGCCAGCAUCGGGGCAGCUGGCAUCCCCCAGGCUGGGCUCGUCACCAUGGUCAUCGUACUCACCUCCGUGGGACUUCCCACUGACGACAUCACCCUCAUCAUCGCUGUCGACUGGGCUCUGGACCGUUUCCGCACCAUGAUUAACGUGCUGGGUGACGCGCUGGCGGCAGGGAUCAUGGCCCACAUCUGCCGGAAGGACUUUACUCAGGACACAGGCGUGGAGAAACUGCCGCCCUGUGAGACCAAGCCAGUGAGCCUCCAGGAGAUCGUGGCAACCCAGCAGAAUGGCUGUGUGAAGAGCGUGGCAGAGGCCUCAGAGCUGACCCUGGGCCCUGCCUGUCCCCACCACAUCCCUGUCCAGGUGGAGCAGGACGAGGAACCAGCUGCCACCUCUCUGGACCACUGCACCAUUGAGAUCAGUGAGCUUGAGACCAAUGUGUAGCCUGCAGAGCUGCAGGGGCCAGGGGAGGCCUCCAGGUCUAGGGGCCAAGGGCAGGAUCUCAACUCACUACUUUUCCGAGCACUCGACAGGAGCCAGGCUCACACACUCCUCCCACCCUUGAGAGGCCAGGAUUCGCCCCACAGGCCAGACAAUAGAGUCUCAGAAAGGGAAAGACUGCAUGUGGGAGCCCCAGCUGGAGAAUUAUGACCUGGCACAGCCAAGGCCCCAGCUAUGACAUUUCCACUGUGUUAACCUAUGAGGGUGGCAGCAGGGACUAUAUGGUCCCACUUUCUGGAUCGCAGAGUUGAGACCCCAUGAGCUGAAAACACUUGCCCCAGGUCUCAGGGCAGGUAACGUCAGGGCCAGGACUCUAACUCAAGUCUUCCAGGCCCUGGCCACUCUCUCCUGGAGGACAGGGGCCUGCAGGGCCAGAUGCCAAGGGUCUCUGCCCCUCUGCAGGAGCUCAGCAGCCACCACUGCCUUCAGUUUAUGAAGACACAGCGAUGUUCUGGUUCUGCCCCAGCUGAGUCCCUGCCCAGGCCAGUCACCCUCCCUGCCCCAUAACACGUGGCCUCAGACAAACAGCCCUCCCUGAGGACGGCCCAGCCCUAGGCCAAGGCCCGCUGCCUGCCACGUGCCACAGCCUGUCCCGUCUCCCAUCAGUCUCACCAGUCGUCUCUCACAAAGCUCAGCCCAUGUGGAGACAGCAUGGCCUCAGAAGAGCUGCAGGGGCCCUUGGAAACAUCUGGGCCAGUCUCCCACAGGACAGGUGGGCCAGCCAGGACUGGGGAGGCAGGCUUGCCUGGGAUGCUUUAGUCAAGCUGCCCAUGGAGCCUUGGGGUCAGCACUCUCCAUGAGCCUAUGUGAUGAAGUGGUGUUAGAUUUUCUACUCCUUUCUGUGUUUGCAAAUUCAGUGAUAACUAAAUAAAGGUGUUUUGUUUUUCA